AUGGCUGAAGUCACUCAGGCGAAUCCUAUUACUGUGAGUCUGGAGGAACUCCGAGCCGGCACUGUUUCCUUUGAGACGCUGUCGGAAGCUUUUGGACCCGCAUCACUUGGGAUUAUUGUUGUAAAGGAUCUCCCUGCGGAGUUCAAGGGUCUUCGAGCCCAGGCGCUCUCCAAUGCAUCAUAUGUUGCAUCACUACCAUCGGAGGAGUUGGAAUCCCUUACUUCAGCCGAAUCCAAGUAUCUUGUUGGCUGGUCCUGUGGGAAAGAGACCCUUCGUUCCGGCCAUUACGAUACCCUGAAAGGGUCAUACUAUAUCAACUGUGCCUUUUACCAAAAUCCGGAUUUGCAAAGUGCCCCUGCAAGCGAGUUUCCUGAUUUUCCACAGUACACAGCAGCGAAUAUUUGGCCUCCUGCCGAAAAGCUCCCCAACUUUCGUCCGAGCUUGACUGAACUAUGUACUUUGAUUAUUGACACAGCCACCCUUGUUGCAAGGGCCUGUGAUCGAUACGCCGUUGCCAAUAUUGAAGGUUACAAGAACGGGUAUCUAGAACAUGUUGUAAAGACUAGUCUGACGACCAAAGCCCGGCUCUUGCAUUAUUUCCCUGCUCCCGAGGCUGAUGCUAGCGGUAAAGAGGCCGACGAUGAUGACUGGUGUGCAACCCAUGUUGACCACGGAUGUCUUACCGGUCUGACAUCCGCCAUGUUCGUUGAUGAAGCCGAGCAUAAACCGCAACCCUCGGCAGAUUCAACCCCCUUACCUGAGCUCCCAACAUCCCCUGACCCAAAGGCCGGUUUAUACAUACGAUCCAGGACUGGCGAGGUAGUCAAGGUCAAUAUACCAAAGGACUGCAUUGCAUUCCAAACGGGUGAAGCUCUUGAGAUCAUUACUCAGGGGAAAUUCAAGGCUGUACCACAUUUUGUCAAAGGCGCCAAAACAGGGGGUAAGAUUGCAAGGAAUACUCUAGCUGUGUUCACUCAACCAAACUUGUCUGAAGAAGUGGCAGCUGGAAAGACUUUCGCAGACUUCGCCCGCGAGGUCGUGGAGAGGAACCACUGA